AUGGCCAGCUAUACAGGCCCACCACCGUUCGACGAGGCCGCCAAUGAAUGGCCAGCGUACCAAGUUGGUCUAGAGGCAUCCUUCGAGGGCCAUGGCGUUACGGAAGAGAAGAAGAAAUGGGCUUUGCUCGUUGCAGCGCUGAGCACCAACACGGUGGGCGUGAUUGCCGGACGCUGCGCGCCAGCCAAGCCUGUGCCUGCCAUGGCUGUGGGCCGGAUCCAGCGCUGGGCCCUUAUCUUGAGCGCCUACACCUACAAUAUCCAGCACAAGGAUGGCAAGGCCAACGUUCCCGCUGACGCGCUCAGCAGGAUUCCAGUAUCCCCAUCGACACUUCCCGAGGAAUCCGAAGAUUGCGAUGGUUGUGAGACCCCGUUGGCCUGCGGAGAAACACCUGCAAUGCGGCUGUUGGGGUUCCAGCCGCGUUCUAGAUUCGACAACGCUGUGGUACCUCUUGCUCCGGUCGAACGUAGCCCCUGCCAGACUGAUGUGCCCGGCUUCUUGCUGACAGGCGAUCCAGUGUGGGUAAGCAACUUUGGACAAGGAGAGCCCUGGACGCCGGCUACGCUCCGGGAAACGCAAGGCGCCCAGAUGGUAACAGCGGAUGGUGCUACGGGCGAGAUCGUACGCCGUCACUUGGACCAAGUCAAGGUGCGACUGCCGGACAGCUCAUUGGCCAAUUCACCAGUCCCGUGUCCUACUGACAUAAGGCCAGAAAGCAACAUGGGCCGUCCAGAACCAGAGGAUCCACCUGCAGCGGGAUCGCCUGCAUCAACAGACCUACGGCCCCUCGGGGCUACCCCAACCCUGAGGAGGUCCACUCGGAUCCGAAGACCCCCCGAGCGGUUCUCCCCUUAG